GGAAAAUAAACACGUGAGAUCAGAAAUAAUCUUUUAUGAAUAUUUUGAUAAAAAAGUGUUUAAUUCUUGCUUAAAGAUGAAAGUUAAAGUAUUAAGUAGAAAUCCUGAUGAAUAUUUACGAGAGACUAAACGAGACAUUCACAAAAUUCCACGAAAUUUCGAUCCCUCUUUGCAUCCAUUCCAAGCGGCUAGGGAAUACACAAAAGCACUGAACGCUGUUAAGCUGGAAAAGGUAUUCGCAAAGCCUUUUGUGGGUAAUCUGGAAGGCCACAAGGAUUCAAUAUCCUGCAUAUGUAAACAUCCCUCUCAGUUGUCCACAAUUCUCAGCGGUGCUUACGAUGGCGAGGUGAGAACGUGGUCUCUUAGCCUAGGCACGUGCACACGUGCGUUUUUAGCUCACGAUGGCAUAGUUCGCGGUAUUGCAUAUAUAUCAGAUGAAAAACAUUUCAUUACGGUCAGCGAUGACAAGACGAUCAAAACCUGGGACGCAGUCUCUGUUGAUGAAGAAGAGGAACCUGUGAAUACUAUUGCCAGCAAAACAGUAUUAACUGGUAUAACUCAUCAUCGAGCUAAAUCUACAUUUGUUACUUGUGGAGAAGGAAUUUGUCAAAUGUGGGAGGAUACUCGUAACGAGCCACUUCGUACAUUUAAAUGGGGUGUAGAUAGUCUACUUGACGUAAAAUUUAAUCCUGUGCAAAAAGAUCUUUUAGCCUCUUGCGCUAGCGAUCGCAGCAUAAUUUUAUACGACACUAGAGAAACAGGACCUUUAACAAAGAUAAUCAUGAAAUUACGGAGCAACAAGCUCUCUUGGAAUCCUAUGGAAUCUUUCAUCUUUACCUGUGCCAAUGAAGAUUACAAUUUGUACACUUAUGAUAUUCGCAAAAUGAAAUCACCAGUUAAUGUACAUAUGGAUCACGUAGAGGCCGUGAUAGAUGUGGAUUAUUCGCCGACGGGGAAAGAAUUUGUUUCAGGCAGUUAUGACACAUCGAUUCGUAUUUUUGAGACCAAUAAAGGUCACUCGCGAGAAGUGUAUCACACAAGACGUAUGCACAGACUUACCUGCGUAGGAUGGUCGCUCGAUAACAAAUUCGUAAUUAGUGGCAGUGAUGAAAUGAAUCUUCGUAUAUGGAAGGCUAAAGCAUCGGAAAAGCUUGGCAUUCUGAGAGCUAGAGAAAGAAACGCACGGUUUGUCAAUGAUGUCUUGAAAGAGAAGUAUGCAGCGCAUCCGCAAAUUCGACGAAUUGCACGUCAUAGACAAGUACCGAAACAUAUAUUUAAUGCGCGAGCCGAAUUACGAACGAUUCGCGAGAAAAGUAAACGCAAGGAGGCUAAUAGACGUUCUCAUUCUAAAAAGGGAGCUGUACCGUUUGUAUCAGAAAGGCAAAAGAGUGUUGUGGCUCAUGACAGCUGAAGCGACACAUAUUCGUAUCUUUUUAUCUGUCACAUUUCGACCUUUAUUUAAUGUGUGACACGUUAUUUAAAUCAUUAAAUUUAUACUGUUGGAUCCUACAGGAUGUUAUGCAAUCAUAAGGAAUAUUUUGUAUUAUAUUUAUUGUAAUAAAUAAUUUCUCUUGACAUUAUA